AUGGACGAGAAUGCGCCACUAGGAAAAUUCCUUCAGAGUCAGUUAAGUGCUGGGAAAGAAGUCCCCGGGGAUACGACUCUAGCACUUCUGAAGGGUGCCAUUGAGUCUCCUGAAGCCCACCAUUAUGGCUACGUGUUGGAUGGAUUACCAGCAUACGAAGGAAUAGACGAAAUCAUGAAAAUGCUUAAAUCGACUCACCUACCCCCGGAUUAUGUUAUAUACGUAACGAUUCCGGACGCCGACCUUCGCCCGCGACUGGAAUCACAUCGCUUUGAUCCCGAUGAAGGACUGGUAUACAAUAAAUUUUACAUGGAGGAUCCACCAGUUGUCCCACCUGAUCCAGUGGCCAAAGCGCCCCCAAAGCUGCUGAAAGGUGGGGCAGAGGAGGGGGAGGGCGAGGACGCCGAGGAAGAAGGUGAGCCAGAGGACGAAGAGCUGGGUGAGGGCGAUGAGAACUUACCCAGUCAUCCUGACUUUCCUCGGCUGGACAAAAAGACUCUGGAGAGACUGCUGGUUCGACCGGAGGACACACCAGAAGCGAUUGAUCGGCAGUUUAAUCUCUAUAGGACGGUAGUUAAGAAAGAGUUAAAAGAAUAUAUGAGCAGUUUUCCGCCUACCAAUGUCAUCUCCGUCGAUGGAAACAGCUCCCCAUCUGAUAUGUACUUGAACGUGAUGACGCAACUCAGGGCACUGCCCGUGAGGCCUGCUGUCCCUCCACAUCAGUUCUUUCCUCCCACGGACGAAGAGGAAGUGCCUGAAGACGUGGAAUACGAGGAGUUGAUCCAAACGCUGGCUACCAAACGCAUGCCGACGGAACAUGCCCGCUGGCAAAUCAGUCCCUGGCAAAGUCUUUGUCCCGUCCAGCUGUACAAUGGAAUCUUGGAAAACGGAAAGGCUCAAUUUAGUGUUGGUUUUCUGGGCCAAAUCUUCCUACUUUCCUCCUAUGAGGCUUAUGAGGAGUUCAUUCGAAAUCCGAGACCUUUCCUCAUUGCUCCCCAACCAGUGAUUCCGGUGCGGAUUGCCCUGGUCGGUCACGUCACUGCAGGCGCCUCUUCGGUCGCAAGACUAGUUUCGGAGCGUUACAAUACCAGCUACAUUGAUUUGGAUGAGCUCUUGCACAAGGAACUGACAGCCAUGCGCACUGCUUUCCUCGACAAGGUUCGCGAGGAGACGGAAACCAAGACUAUUCAGACUAUAUCUGAGCAGAAGAAACGAGAAGUCGAUGAAAUAAAAACAAACGCCUACACGGACGAGGCGACGGCUGCGAUCACAAACACAGUUGUCAAUGUGCUGGCUGAAAAUACCCUCGAACAAAUGCUCAAACGUCCCAGUCCCGCGGAGAAUCCUCCCGAAGGUGAAUUCAAUGCACAUUUAAGGCAUUAA